UCCCUAUGGGUCCCUAUGGGUGCCGGUGCUGACGGGGGGUGCUCAGUGCGGGCCCCCCCCGCCCCACGCAAGCUCUGCUACGUGAGCCUGGAGGACUCCGUGUUCUGCGACUCGGUGCUGGGCACCAACGUGACGCGGGGCGAGUGCUGCUGCUCGCUGGGGGCCGGCUGGGGGGACCAGUGCGAGGUGUUCCCCUGCCCCCUGCCCUCCUCGGCUGAGUUCCUGGCGCUGUGUCCGGAUGGGAAGGGAUUCAUCCAGGACGACAACGGCGUCGACUUUGGGGUCCCUGCGCACCGCGACAUCGAUGAGUGCGGGCUCUUCGGGCCCGAGAUCUGCAAGGACGGGAAGUGCGUGAACACGCAGCCGGGCUACGAGUGCUACUGCAAGCAGGGCUUCGACUACGACAGCGCCGUCCUGCAGUGCCUCGACGUGGACGAGUGCCUGGACGAGUCCAACUGCGUGGACGGGGCCUGCGAGAACACGCGGGGGUCGUUCCGGUGCUCCUGCCCCCCCGGCACCCGCUACCACCCCCCCCAGCGCCGCUGCCUGCCCCCCCCCGAGCACGAGCGCCCCCCGGCGGUGUCGGUGCCCGCGGAGCGCCCCCUGGCGGCGCGGCGGGACGUGUGCUGGCAGCGGCGGGGGGAGGACGGGCUCUGUGGGGCGCCGCUGGGGGCGGGGCCGCUGCCCCUGGACGAGUGCUGCUGCCGGGGGGGGGCGGGGUGGGGGCGGCGCUGCAGGGCCUGCCCCCCCCGCGGAGCGG